CAGUGGUCGGGACGUGGCUCCUGAUGAGCCAGCAACUCCAGUGAGGGUGGAGUAACCAAAACUGUGUGUGUGUGUGUGUGUGUGUGUGUGUGUGUGUGUGUGUGUGUGUGUGUGUGUGUGUGUGAGAGAGAGAGAGAGAGAGAGAGAGAGAGAGAGAGAGAGAGAGAGAGAGAGAGUAUGAAUCAUGGGCUCACAUCUCCUCUCCAUCGCAGUAGUGAUAAUAGAUCAUACGGAGCAGCUCUCCUGCUUAUGAUGUAAUGUGGAUGCAGGAUAACAUAGGAACUAUUUACUGAAGCACUUUAAAGAAACAGAGAUCUUCCUCCUUCAUCAUCUGAAUCAUCUUUACCAUGUCAGUGAAGUCAGACAGAGUGCAGAAGAAAUGGGCGGUAGUGAAAAGUCACCUGGGCUCAUCUCAGGACUCAGACUCGAGCACUCAGGAGGCCAACCUAGAGAAUGCUGAACCCGAGCUGUGCAUCCGCCUGCUGCAGGUACCCACCGUGGUCAACUACUCUGGCCUGAAAAAGCGACUAGAGGGCAGUGAUCAGGCAUGGAUGGUACAGUUUCUCGAAUUGUCAGGCAUCGACCUGUUGUUGGAGGCCCUGGAUCGUCUCUCAGGUCGGGGCUGCUCGCGCAUAACCGACGCACUGCUCCAGCUCACCUGCGUCAACUGUGUCAAGGCUGUAAUGAACUCAUCCAUAGGGAUCCAUUUCAUCAUGGAAAAUGAGGGUUAUGUGCGUAAGCUCUCACAAGCUCUGGAUACAUCUAACAUCAUGGUAAAGAAGCAGGUGUUUGAGCUGCUGGCUGCUCUCAGCAUGUUUUCUGCAGAAGGUUACAGAUUGGCCCUGGACUCUCUGGACCACUAUAAGGCUGUAAAGAUGCAGCAGUACCGCUUCAGUGUGAUCAUGAAUGAGCUGCAGAACACAGAUAACGUGCACUACAUGGUGACACUGCUGAGCUUCAUCAACGCGCUCAUCUUCAGCAUUGAAGAUCUGCGCCAAAGGGACAAGAUGCGCAAAGAAUUCAUCGGUUUACAGCUGCUUGACCUCCUACCGAAGCUGAGGGAGGAGGAGGAUGAAGACUUGAUCAUCCAGUGUGAGGCAUUUGAGGAAGCCAUGGCUGAAGAUGAUGAGGAACUGUUAAGGCUUUAUGGAGGCAUUGAUAUGAGCAAUCACCAGGAAGUCUUCAUCACUCUGUUUAACAAAGUGAGUAGCUCCCCUGCAUCGCUUCAGCUGCUAUCCAUCCUCCAGACGCUGUUGGUGUUGGGACCAGAGCGGGCAGACAUCUGGCAGGCCUUGGAGGCACUAACCAAUCGUGCUGUCCUCCUGGCCCAGAACUGUGAGUCCACUCUCUGUCCAGAUCUCUCCAACAUGCUUUCAAAAUCAUCUCAAAUGGGGUCCUGUGAGACGAUCAUGCAGCGACUUGCUGUUUCCAAAGAUUCAUCCACCAGUUCUCAUUAUGUAGAUGCUCCACCUACCAAGAAAGCAGAGAAAGCAAUUCAGACCGAGCUGAUUAAUGGGGUGAAAGAAUCUUUAGAAAUUAUAUCCAAGGCCAACGAGGCAAUGCCUUUCUGCUCCAAAGAGAAGCUCUGCACCACCCAGCCUGCUCCUCCUUCUUCAACCCCACCUCCUUCAUCAUCUAUACCAAGCAUUGUGGGUGUUCCACCACCACCACCACCACCACCUAUACAAGGGUUUGGUGGUGUUCCCCCUCCACCUUUACCAGGCAUUGGUGCUCUUCCACCUCCUCCUCCACCUUUACCAGGCAUGGGUGCUUCUCCACCACCUCCUCCACCUUUACCAGGCAUGGGUGCUCCUCCACCACCUCCUCCACCUUUACCAGGCAUGGGUGCUCCUCCUCCUCCACCUUUACCAGGAAUGGGUGCUCCUCCACCUCCUCCACCUUUUCCAGGCAUGGGUGCUCCUCCUCCACCACCUUUGCCUGGCAUGGGAAUGCCACCACCGCCUCCACCCUUCCCAGGGAUGGUACCUCCUUGCCCACCUCCUAUGGGGGGAGAUAUAAUAGUAGCCCAAAAUGUUCAGUUUUUGGGAAGAUCUUACAGCAUGCCAUUGAAGACUGGUCCAUAUCCUACACUUAGGAUGAAGAAGCUCAACUGGCAGAAGCUCAACUCCAGAGCGGUCACUGAUGGUUUCAAUAUAUGGGCCUCAGAACAAAUCAGUUCCACUGUGGAACCAGACUACACCAGCAUUGAGCAACUCUUCAGUCUCCCAGUGACCGAGCCCAAAGAGAAGGGCCCAGCUGCUCCUGCCAAGAAAGAACUCAAAGAAAUUUCCUUUAUUGAUUCCAAGAAGAAUCUGAAUCUGAAUAUCUUUCUCAAACAAUUCAAAUGCUCUAAUGAGGAGUUUGUGGGCAUGAUUCAGAAGGGGGAUCGUUCCAAGUUUGACGUUGAGGUGUUGAAACAGCUACUGAAGCUCCUUCCAGAGAAGCAUGAGAUCGACAACUUGAACUCUUUCCAAGGAGAGCGAGACAAGCUUGCCAAUGUCGACAAGUUUUACCUUUCGCUCCUCGCUGUUCCCUGCUAUCAACUGAGGAUUGACUGCAUGUUGUUGUGUGAGGAGACUUCGUCUGUGCUAGAGAUUCUGAAGCCCAAAGCACAGCUGGUGGACGAGGCGUGUAAGAGUCUCAGAAAGAGCACACUGCUGCCUAGUUUCUGCAGGUUAAUCCUACGAGUUGGAAACUUCCUCAACUAUGGAAGUCAUACAGGAAAUGCUGAAGGAUUCAAGAUUAGCUCAUUGCUGAAGCUGACAGAAACCAAAGCCAACAAGGGCCGUAUCACUCUGUUACACCACAUCCUCGAGGAAGCAGAGUUGAACCACCCCGAGCUUCUGAACCUUCCUGAAGACAUUGAAAGCUGUGAAAGAGCUGCAGGAAUAAACCUAGAUUGUAUUCAAGCUGAGGCCAAUGCGCUGUCCAAGCGUUUAAGGGACACCGAGAAAAAAGUCUCUUCGUCAGUUCAGGAUCUACAAGAGCAAUUUUUAAGUAUUAUCAAGGAGAACCUUCAUUCAUGUAAUGAUUUGGAGGAUAGUUUUGCUGAAAUUGAGAAGAACAAGGAAGCUCUGGCUCAGUACCUAUGUGAGGAUACUGCUCAGUUGUCACUAGAGGAACUCUUUAGCACCAUCAAGACUUUCCGAGGGCUUUUCCUCAAAGCAUUAAAGGAGAACAAGAUCCGCAAGGAGCAAGCUGCCAAAGCGGAGAAGAGGAAAAAGCAGCUGGCAGAGGAGGAGUCCAAGCGACAGAAAGGAGAGAACGGCAAGAUCAUUAGAAGAGGUGCUGUGCCUCAGGAGGAUGGCUGCAUCAUUGACAACCUUCUGGCUGACAUCAGAAAAGGUUUCCAGCUUAGAAAGACCAGGCCAAGGUGCGAAACGGAAAGUGCCCCCUCUAGUGAAAUGCAUAGGGACACCGCACCAAAUGCCAAGUGUGCAGAAGGAGAAGUCACAUCAGGUGUAGCUCAGGACCUCCCUCAUCCUCACUCAGAGGAGACAAGCGUCGAAGAACCAGUCAGCGCUUCCUCCACCAGCCCCAGAGGAGAAACAGCCACCACAGUAACUGGUAAAGAAGCUCCACUCAAACAUCAAGAGACCCAGCUAGUCCUCUCAGAUGAAAACACCCUGUCUAACAAUACAGCUACACCAAUGAAGCCUUCAGCAGAGCUUCCUCCAGUUCAGGAUUACAUAAAAGAUCACAAAGAAGCACAAACUCUUCCAAAUGAAAUCCUUAGUGAGAGAAAAUCUUCCAACGAGACUCCACCAACAGAAAAGACUUCUGUGGACACACCAUUCUCUAUAGUGCCUCCAUCUACUGUGAACCCAUCUGCAGGAAAAGAUGGCACACAACGUAACUGUAACUCUAAUAAUAGCCAAGUCAAUGAUCAUCAAUCUUCUAUUGAUACCACAUUAAAAAACAUGACAAAUGUCAACUCUGGUGCUCAUACUGACUCGAAUGUGAAUGGAAAUGGCACGGUCACUGAUGACAUGGUGCCUAAAAGCCAAGAACAGAAUGCAAAGAGAGACUCAAGCAAAACUCAAGUAGAAUCUAGCAGCACCACUGAGACUUCUGUUGCAGGAAACAAUAACAGAAAUACAGAGAUGCCGUGUGAACCUGAUGUGCCUGACGGAGCGCAUGCUGUGGAUGGCUCUGCCCCCUCUAAUCCUCCUGUCUCUCAGCCGAAAUCACACAGACUACUUCGAGGACGUAAAAAAAGUAAUAAAGAAGCUGAGGGUAACAGCGAGGGAGACAGUAAAAAGAACUGUGUGUUGCAGUAAGGGAGACCCAAGAAAGGGAAACCACGAGGGAAGAGAUGAAGCCUUAAUUGUACUGUAUGUGUAUUCAAGAUUCACUUUUAAAGCUCCCUUUAAAGGCUCUUUCACACACAACACACGGAAACCAAGGGCUUAUCCCACAGAGCAGAAGCAAAAUUUUGGUGUGUGCCGACGGACAACGUUCUGAUAUUUUAAUGAAAAAAAAAAUUAUUAUAAAAAAUAUUACUUUUUGAAACCGCUUACUUUUGCUCUGUAGAGUUGAGUGUGGCCAAAUAUUUCAAUAGUUUGUGCACUAUAUUAUGAUAAGCCAGAUUGUUGUUUACAUAUAGAUAAAUAUAUCUGGGAGCAGUGGACAAAAAAUCGAAACGAUUUCUGUAUAUUGGAAUUAUGUGUAUUUAGCAGUAAUAGUGUAAGAUGGUCCGGUGUUCCAGAUCUGAAUCAAAAUUGUGCUGUAAUAUUUUAAUGUAGAUAUAGUUCUGAGUGAAUGUACAGUAUCUGUUUAAGGGGACAGAAAGUAUUCUAUGAUGUGGUUUGUUAUAGCAAUAUAACCAUCUCUUAUAGCACAGAUUUUGAAUUAAUUUUGAAUUGCUCUUUGGAGUUAAUAAGGUUGGCAGCUUGGCUUUAAAUAUCACUUAAUCUUGUGCAAACCUGCCUGGAAAACUGGUCCCAUAUUUUAUUUGGCUGUCUUAGUAAUCAUAUAAAUGUUAUAUUUAUGACUGACUACUUGGGAUAUUGUAUGAUAAGACCUAAGGAAAAUUAUUUAGUUGAUAUCUAUCUCUUGCAAUGUUGUUAUUGAAAUAAAUACAGCUUGUUGAGUAUGCUGUGGUUGGUGUAAUUUACAGUAACUGUUCUGGAUGGACACUUAAUUUAACCAACUAACAGUCAACAUAAGACAACAUUAAGUUCUUGAACUCUGUUGGUCGAUUUCAAGUUUUUGUUUGUUUGUUUUUUACUUAAUGCUAAAAGACAAUGUAUCAACAUUUAACAACGUGCUUUUAAUAAACUCAUGUCAAAUCCCAACAAUAAUUCAACACACAAUGAAAAAAAAAUGUUGGUUCAGCUUUUUGAUUAUUCUCUGAGAUGUGACAGAUUGUAUUAAUGAUGUAUUUUCUUCAAUAUAACUGUACUUCACUAAGUACCUUUUAUGAACAAACUUUAUGUAACUAUUUUUUAUAAUGGCCAUUUUGAUAAAGAUAUCCAUUUAUGUUUUCAGUUCUUUGUGUUCACUAUAAAGUAAUUAAAAAUAAUAACUAAUACUGAGACGUAAGAGCUUAUGCACUGAACAUUUUGUGUGAUGCAUUAUUCACAAUAAAUACAGCUGAUGUACAACAA